AUGUCCUACGGAUCCAUUGCCGGCGGCGGGGGACUGGGAAGCCGUGGCCCAUUCGGGGGUCCCUCGAGACAAGGGUAUCAGCCCCUAGAGUGCGCUAAGUGUUGGACGGAGUAUGGAAUCCGCCACUUCCCCUGCCCAUCGCCAGAGCGCAGCCCACAGGAGCCCCAUGUGGGGAAGGACGGGGAAGGCCGCCUGGGGCCAGCGGUGGGCAUGCCCAGAGGCCCGCGGGCCCGGAAGCGAGGACCAGGAGUCACUCCCGAAGGCAGCUGGACGCCAGAGCCCACGGCGGUCGCCGGGCCCUUGGGCCGCGUCGCAGGGCCUGGCGCUGCCCGGACCAAGAAGAGGAAGCCCAACUUUUGCCCGCAGGAGACGGAGGUCCUGGUGGCCCAGGUCAGCAAGCACCACCAGCUGCUCUUUGGCACGGAGCUGCCCAAGGCUGAGCCGGCCCGCAGGUACCGCACGUGGGGCCGCAUCCUGCAGGCCGUGAACGCGCUCGGCUACUGCCGCCGCGACGUGGUCGACCUCAAGCACAAGUGGCGGGACCUGCGCGCCGCGGUGCGCCGCAAGCUGGGUGAGCUACGCAAGGCGGCCCCCGGGCCUGACGCUGGCAAGCCCCUGGCCCUGACCCUUACGCCCGUGGAGCAGGUGGUGGCCAGGACUUUCUCCUGCCAGGCCCUGGCCCCCGAGGGCGUUGAUCUGGAGCCUCCCAGAGCCACCCAGGUGGACCCAAGCGAGCUGCAGGAACUGUUCCAGGAGACAUCGGCCAGCGUCUUCCGCAUCAACUCCAAUGUGACCUCCUUGGAGCGGAGCCUCCGGUCCCUGGGGACGCUGAGUGACACGCAGGAGCUGCGGGAGAGCCUGCACACAGUGCAGCAGGAGACCAAUGCAACCAUUGCGGCCAGCACCAGCACCAUGAAGCAGCUGUCAGAGCUCCUGCGCAGCGUGUGUCCACACUUCUAUCUGCAGCAGGAGCGUCUUCAGCUGGACCGCCUGAAAAAUCAGCUGUCAGAUGCCAUUCAGCGCUACGGAGUCGUGCAGAAGAAAAUUGCGGAAAAAUCCAGAGCACUGCUUCCCACAGCGCAGAGGGGUGGCAAACAGAGUCCCCGGGCCCCUUUUGCUGAGCUGGCCGAAGACGAGAAGAUCUUCACCGGGAGUGGGAGUGACAACAUUGGGCUGAGCCAGGAACAGGCGCUGCUUCCGGAGCUCACCGAGGAGGACCUGGAGGCCAUCCGGCUGCGGGAGGAGGCCAUCCUGCAGAUCGAGAGCGACUUGCUGGAUGUGAACCAGAUCAUCAAGGAUUUAGCCUCCAUGGUGUCGGAGCAAGGAGAGGCCAUUGACAGCAUUGAAGCCAGCAUCGAGGCCGCUUCCUCGCAGGUGGAGUCGGCCCAGGAGCUCCUGGCGGGAGCCAGCCGGCACCAAGUAAGUCGACGAAAGGUCAAGUGCUACUUCCUGUCGGCUGGAGUUGCUGUCCUGCUUGUUGCCAUCCUCAUCAUCGCCACCUCUGUCCGAAAGUGA